GUGCUGGACUCACAGCGGGGGGAGUCAGGAGAACGUGCUGUCUCAAAGAAAAAUACCUGGAUAUAUUUAUAUAUAUAAAUAAAGAGAGAUAGGGAGAGUUAUAUAUAUAUAUAUUUUAAAUAUACAUUAUAUAAAUAUAAAUAUUUAAAAUGUCUUGCUCAGUAUCCACUCGGUACUUCUCAGAGAAAGAAGUCGCGAGUCACUGCACGAAGGAGUCCUGCUGGGUGCUGCGGGGGACGCGGGUGUACGAUGUGACCGGCUUCCUGCGGAUGCACCCGGGCGGAGAGGCGCUCAUCCUGGGCCGCUCGGGGAGCGACGUCAGCCGGCAGCUGGACGGACCUCCGCACCGGCACUCGGAGAACGCGCGGCGCUGGAUGGAGCAGUACUACAUCGGAGAAAUGAGCAGGGACAGCGCACAGGCUCACACACAGACACUAAGACAAAGGGGAAACAAGGCAGAAGCUCCAAACGCUGCAGAAGAAGAAUCAGCCAUCUACAAAUGCAACAAAGUCGACGAUGAAACAGAUCUGGUGGACUGGAGGAAGCCCCUCGCUUGGCAGGUGGGGUAUUUGGGAGAGAAAUAUGACGAAUGGGUCCACCAGCCUGUCGAUCGGCCCAUUCGUCUCUUUGAGUCUGACUUCUUCGAAGCCAACACCAAGACCUCAUGGUACAUGGUUCCAGCUGUGUGGAUGCCUCUGGUUAUCUACCUGACCUGGUAUUGCUACAGCUUGUUGGCGCAAGGCAGCACUAAACUGUUCAUUACACCAGAGUACUCGGUUGUGAUCCACAAGCACUGGUUCCCUUUCCUCUUCCUUUUUGGGAUGUUCAUGUGGUCCUUUCUUGAGUACUGUAUCCAUCGCUUCGUGUUCCACAUGCGCCCUCCAGCCCACAACUAUUACCUCAUCACACUUCACUUCCUCCUCCAUGGUCAACACCAUAAGUCACCAUUUGACGGCUCUCGUCUGGUGUUCCCACCUGGCAUAGCAUCCAUUGUUAUAGGGGCAUUUUACGUGCUUCUACGCCAGCUUCUGCCCGAGGGUUUAGGCACAUCUCUGUUUGUUGGUGGCUUAUGCGGUUACGUAGUCUACGACAUGAUUCACUACUACUUGCACUACGGCUCGCCACGCAAGGGCUCCUACCUGUAUGGCCUUAAGGCUUACCAUGUCAAACACCACUUUGAACACCAAAGAGCAGGUUUCGGUAUUACCACCACCUUCUGGGAUUAUCCCUUUAAAACACUCAUUCCAAAGCAGACAUUUUAAACUCGCCCUCUGUCGUCAUGCAAGGCCGCCCCAUCUUCUUGAACCCCCACCAUCAGUUGCUUUUCUUAGAACUCACACUCUGCUGCUUUAUCCACAAAAAUGUUCCAAGCUGCUCGCCAUCAUCAUGGUAGUCAUCAUCAUCAUCAUCAUCAUCAUCAUCCUCCGUCUGCCAGUUAAGAAGAGGGCACAGCCCGGACUCUGAGUAAAUUUUGGGAAUAUAUGCAUGUUUGGGGAUUCCUUUUAAUAUGUAAAAGAGAUCUAAUUUUAAUCGUUUUGGAUUAAAACUUUUUUUUUUUUUUUCUUUUCACUGAGGUGAUCAUGACCAGUUUUAUGAAUAUAUAGGUAGACAGAUUAAGUUAAGUGCAAGAAGGUGUGUGAAUGUGAGGAGAGAGUGAGUGGGUGAAUGGUUUUUUAGCUGUAGAGUGGAUUCGAAUGGAAGAGAAGGUGGCGCUCGAAGUUAAUGCUAUAGAGGAAAUACUCAGAAUACUCAGUUUAAAAUCCCUUCAUGCUAAUGCAAGCCUUGUCAGUGUUGCCGCUGUUAUAUAGGGUUUUUCCGCGUUAUUCUUUCUGUUUGCAUUUUCCCUUCCAAUUUCCUCUUCAUUAUUAUUUAAGCAUCUGUGAAUUAUACGUCAAAAACAUAAGCUUUUUAAAUUCUGUGUCUUGUCCAUUUCUUCCUUUCUAACUCUGGGGAUUCAUUUUGUGGAAGCCGGUCUGCUAGUGGACAGUGUCCUUCAUUUCUUUACUCUCACUGUUUUUUGUUUUAAUAAGAUAUGCCAAUGAUCCAUCAACAGAACAAUAUCCAGGACACAAGGAAGGCCUUGUGUAACCCGUUAUUAAAAACUCAUUCAGAGACAUUAAUCUGUGAUGCUUCCAUAGAGAUACAAGAAGCAAACAAUUGCCCUUUGCCUUCCUGAUCAGGAAACGCGAGUGUGCUGUCAUGGUUGCCGAAUUUGAACCCUCGGGGGGGCGUGAAGCCUUGUGUUCAGGGAUCUCCUUCAGUGUGGGGGUUGCCUGGCACAGAGAUUAGAGGACCGGGUAGACCGGAGCAAGGCAACCCCUUUUCUGGGUUGAAGAUCGUUAGUGUUUGACCAGCCUGUGAACCAGGAGGCCCUGUCCCACCAUGUCAGGCUGAUCUCUCGUUGGUUCAUACUUGUAUCGAUCACCCACUUUGUCCAGCAUUGUCGCUCUCACUCUGUCUCGCAUCCUGUCCCGAUUAGCGAAUGUGUUUUGGGUCUUUUUGCGUUUCGUAGUGUGUAUUAGCCUCUUGUUGGGUUUUUGUCCUUGAGUGGGUGAAGUCACUAUAUGCCUGUCUGAAUUCUUUCUGUUCAAGUCAAAAGGAGACUGUGGCCUGACUUGUGUACUUUAUCUACUGCAGAACUAGCAUCUAGCAGCAGUGGUAACCUGAUUGAAUGUUUUUUUUUAAGGCUACAGUCUUGUCAGUUGACGGCCAAAGACAACAGAGGAAAUGUUGAAUCCGUGUAUUAAAAUGUCUCCAAUGUGCUAUAAAGGGCAUUCCCUACCUCCUUCCUAAUUCCCCACCUCCUUCCCUAUGUCCAUAUUCCUGAAAUUAUGUAAUUAGGCAGUGGGAUGUAAAGAGGUGGGCAAAUGUUAAGCUCAUGUUCGGAAUGUUUUAUUGGGCUAUACGGCUCUAAUAUGAUUUUUAUUUUAUUUUUUUCUUCUGGAAGCAUAAAUGUUGAUUAUAAAGUAGUCAUGCCAUGGCACCUACCUGUCUCUGAUGAAAUAGGUCACUCUGAAGGCGUCCCAUAACUGGUGGGUGUCACUGGUUUGAUUAAAGUAAUAACAGUAGAUAUAUUUACAUGUGUUUACCAGUAAACAAAGUUUGAAGGUUUAAUUCAGAGAAACAAAUCUUUAAAUUAAAUGCUUAAAAGACUAAAAAAAAUGUCUAAUACAAAUGAAAAUCUGUUUACUACUACAUAUUUUUAUGUUGCAAAUUUCUAUGCAAAUGUACUUGUAAA